AUGGAGUUUGCUGAUGCCAUCGUUAUGAAACAGAAAUGUGAGCAAACAGCAACCAUUGGGUUUUCCGACCUCGCCCGUGGUGUCGGGAGCACGGCUGCUCCUUCCCCUCUCAGCACUGUAAAUUCCCGCAAGAUAUCUCUUUUUCAACUUGAUCCAUGGGAAACAUUAGAAAGCAUGACAUUUGGGCUCGUUUUCCACCCCGAGAGCCCUGGAGGGCUGAGAAGGCGGAACAAGGCCCAAACAUGCCCAUCCGCUUCGGCCUUGGCAGUGUUCGCUGUUGUGUGUGGCUAUCCUCUCCCGACUUCUUCCUUAUCUUUUGAAGGCAUGGGCGCCCACUCGCCUGACAGUUUAGGGGUCUUAAAAUCGCGCUGUUUUUGCACUGGUGUGCAUCCGCUUGGAGCAUCUGGACAGCCACUUCAAAGAGGUGCAGCGACUAGGGGGGAGGGGGGGAAGCAGGAGCGUGCAGAAGGACUGGAAGAACGGUGCAGCACCUUCUCACCAGCCGAAGAGCAAGGAUUAGAACGCAAUGGGAAGAAAACGCCAGCAGUGGGCCAGUCUGCUCCAGAGGUAUUCGAACAAACAGCGCAAUGCGGCAGCAACCAGAUCGCAGACUCUCAUGGAGAGUUGGACAGGUGCCCCUGUCAGAGGGUGCCUGCAGUGUCUCCCCCCGAAGGGGUCUCUUGGCCACACGUAGGGGCAGAGCUUCCCAAGAAAAGUUCAGCAAGUGACAGGGGUUUUGAAAGCUUCAGAGCAAGGAGGAGAAGGCUUUCGCCUUGGCUUCGGAAAGGAUUCUUCGCUGGAGCAACCCUUGCACUCUUAUGGGCAUGUGGCCCUUCUCUUCUGAACUCUCUAUUCAGUUUGCUUGUUGCCUAUGAGCCUUCCUCUCAGCGCAUCUUCACCGUAGCCUGUCUCAAGAAUCGCACAAAGGAGGGAGACACCCAGGGAGAUGGGAGCCAUUUUCAGGAGGUGGAGAAGUCCUCUCCUACGAUUGACAGGGGGGGCCUCUUUGACGGAGACAGCGCCUGUGCAGUGCUGCUGCAUCCCUCGCGAUAUUAUUGGGGUGCACGUCCUCCCUUUGCGUCUCUCGUCGUCUUUUUGCAAUCCGCAGCGCUCUGCAGCCUUGAAGUUGUCUGUGCUCUUGGUUUGGAGCCACUGCUGCCGGAACGUGAAGCAGUUGAACGGCGAUUGCGGCGCUUGGGCCCUAUCCUUGCUUCUCUCUCUCUGUUGCUCCGUCCUUCCUCCUCGCCCCUCCAGCUCCCUUGCGAGGAAUGGCUAUCUGCAUGGUCAGAUACCAACAGAAGAGGGGAUCUGCACACUUGGACGCGACGCAAAUACGCAAAAAAACACCAACACAGCGCAACCGCGCCGUUCUUCGACUUCAUUGUUGUUGGAGGAGGCACUGCAGGGACUACACUCGCUGGGCUCUUGGGGAGACUGAAGCAGCCUCAAUUUCAACUCGAUGAGCAGGCAGCGGGGAGAAAUGGAGCGCCAGACGUCGAGACAGAGCAGACGAGAGGAAACUCAGGCAGGAAGAAGCCCCGCGUGCUGCUCCUCGAGGCAGGCGGCUGGCCAGAUCUACGAGCUUUCUCUUCGCUGAAGAUUCCUGCGCGAACUUUCGAAGGGCAGAGAGGAGACAUCGAUUGGAAGCUCAGCACAACCCAACAAGCCAGUGCAUGCCUUGGCCUCCAGGAAAGCAAAUCCUUCUGGCCCCGAGGAAAGGCUCUUGGAGGCAGCAGCUGGUUAAACUACAUGCUAUUUGUCAGGGGUGACCCAAGGGAUUAUGACAGCUAUAGCAAGUGCACGAAAGACGAGAGAUGGGCGUUCAGCAAUGUCUUGCGCAAAUUCAAACAAAUUGAACGGGUUCAAUUCCCGGCGGACCCUCAGUUUCGGAACGCGCGGCGCUGGUGGAUUGGAUGUGUCAUCUGCUUUCGCCGCAGUGGGACAGGGGGUUCCAUAAGCGUGAAUCUUCCAGAGACUGCAGACCCUACAGUUCUCGCCUUCCUACGGAGUGCAGAAGGCCUAAGCCUCGAAGCAGAGGAGGAAGGACAGGCUGGGAGCUCCACCGGCAGCAGCUACUAUGCUGCAAAUCCAGAUUACAAUGGAGCGAGAUAUGCGGGGCCAUCCCUGUUUCAGCUGAAUACCCAAAACGGAAAACGUCGAAGUCCUUUGGAGGCUUUUCUCCUUAGCCCAAUGCUCACUGAUGUGAGUGGGGAUGGAAAAUUCACAGAAAUAAGAAGGCAGCUGGCUGUUUCACUGGUGUGA